AUGAUUGAUGAGACUAAUCCUUCAAGUACUUGUUAUGAGCAAGUUAAUGCCAUUACCAAUUUGAGGAGUGGAAAAAUCAUUGAUAAUCAAGUUGAGGAAAAAAAGGUAGAAAAAGAGAGGUGUAGGAUUCUUAUCAAUCCCAUUCUUCCAACUUCACAUCCUACAGAUGUUCCCUCACAUUCUACUCCAUCGAGCUUUAAAGGAGUUGAAGGUGAAGUCACUUCUUCAUCUACUGCCAACCUUAAGACAGCUUAUGAGCCAAGAACGCCUUUUCCUGAACGUCUCAAGGGACCCUCUUAUUUUGGUAAGCAAGGAGAGAAAAUCCAAGACAUGAUGGAUGUUUUCAAACAGAGAAAAUCAAAAAGCCAAGUCUCUAAGAAAAUCUAUCUUACUGAGCAAGUUAGUGCAAUCAUUCAGCACAGUACUCCUCCUAAGUUCAAAAAUCUUGGUGCUUCUAUCAUCUCAUGUAUUAUUGGAAACAAUGUCAUAGACCGAACACUUCUUGAUCUUGGAGCAAGUGUCAAUCUUCUUCCUUACUCGCAACCACGUGGGAUAAUUGAAGAUGUUCUCAUUAAAGUGGAUAAGUUCUAUUUUUCGUUUGACUUUCUUGUCUUGGACACAGAACCUAUUCACGAUCUCAAUAGAUAUAUUCCUGUGAUCCUUGGUCGUCCAUUUUUAGCUAUAGUGAAUGCCAACAUUACCUGUAGGACUGGGGCUAUGGAUAUUUCUCUUGGGAACAUGAAGCUCAAAUAA